GUCUUGAACCAGUUAUGGGUUGACCGUCGUUCGUGCCGGAUGAAUUGUCGUUUUUUCGUGUCCCUUCCGUGGGGAAUUUUUCGUCGCCGCUUUUCCAAGUAAAUCGCACCGAAAUACAGUGGGAAUAUAUUGUCAGUGUGUGGAGAAGAAGGAAUAAAUUUCGCGCCCCGGCUCGGAGGAUUGUUUUUUGCUGGAGUGAAACAACCAACCAAACCCGUUCCUAGGGAUUUCGUUUCCCAACUGUGUUUCCGUUUCCGUUUGGAAGGAAGGAAGAACGGAAGGAAAAAGAAAACAGUGAACAAACCAAAAGUUUUCAACGCCUGGCUUUAGAUAUUUCUUUCUUGUGUUUGCUUCUUGCUACGCUUUUUGGCUUAUCGACUUCCGAAUAAAAGUGUGAGGGUUUUCCCAGAGUGCUGCCGAGAGUUUCCUUUUACUUUGCAUCGCCUACUACUAGCUUUUGCUCCAUUCGAAAUCCAUUUCCCUCAGUUGAAAAAAGGGGGGAACCCAAUCCGUUGCCAAGGAGAAGAAAUCCGGCCUACUGUUCGUGUGCUGCCAAGUUUAUGCAAAGCCAAAAAGCUUCCGACGAUAUCCUUUCCCUGAGUCUUAGCAACCGGCUCCGUCGUGAUGAUCGGUCUGGUUUGUGUGUGAAAAAAUUAAAUUUCAAUUAAGGUGGAAUCAAAAGCCUACUGUGGCGUUUUUUGUUCGACAAAAAAGAUACGCAAAAAGAAGCAAAAAAGUAUAGGCCUAAAAGGUUUUUUUUUCGGGCGUUUUUGUGGGCUUGCCAGAAAGCCUCCCAAAACAAGUUCAGUCAGUGUGUGAAGAAUCUAAGCAAGUGUAUGAAGAGAAUUGUGUACAAAGCAAGGCCCCCACGCUAGGGAGCCUAAUGUUGAAAGCAACCAUCAAUGCAAAUCGCUUCUUCGCUUCAAAUGUUUUAGUUUUCGCAACGUUAUCGAAAUUAAUUUGCCGUUGUUUAUCAAACGCUGGUUCAAGUGUCAGUGACAACAACAAUUGUAAUAACGUCCACUACAAUAACCAUCAUACCGGAAAUCAGAAAGUCCCAAGUGGCCGAUAAAAACUAUGGACCUGUCGACGAUUUUGCUUUUGCUGGAAACGCCACCACCGAAAGGAGGUCACCCGCUUCUGGUGAACCAUUUCAUCAACAAUUCGGCCCGCAGUACGCCAAUCGCCGGCCGGAAGGUGUUUGCCCUGCACAGCCAACACCAGCAUCAUCUGCAGCAGCAGCAGCAGCAACAACAUCAUCAACAACAUCAACAGCACCAUCAGCAUCAGCAGUUGGUGCAAUUGGAAGCGCACUCGCCACAGCACCACCAUCUGGCGGACAACCGGAAGCAGCUGGUGCAGCUGAGCAAGACCAAGCAGUACUACUGCUCGAAUCCUAUGCUAAACAACAAUCCGUACUGCAAUCUCGAUAUGGAGUCGCUAGAGGAUAUGCUAAAGAAGCUCUCGGAGCUCGAGCAAAGGGUCAUCGAAGCCGAGGAACGAGCAGAGGAGGCCGAGGAUAAGGUCCGUGCCAUGGAACAGCGUCUGUGUGACUGGCCCAAGUCACAGAGCAUAACUGGGCCACCCGGAAGUAGCAGUGGCGGAGGAACGAACUCAGCCAACAGCAGCAGUACCCAGAACGCAAACGCCAAGCCUGGUCAACCUGGAUCCAGUGUUCCCGUCCCGAAAGUCGAGACGACCAAAAUCAACCAGCUCGAGUCGGCUGUCGAGGAACAACGGCAACUCCGCCUUCAGGACGCUCGCCAAGUCGGUGCCAAAGCGGCCAAGAUCAAGGAGUGGGUCACCAACAAACUUCGGGAACUGGAAGAGCAAAACCAGCUACUACGGGAGCAGAACAUCAAGUGCAAUCAACAGCUAGAAUUGUUAAGAAACCACAUCGCCACCCAAAGCAGUAGACAUAGCAUACAGCAACCGGUUAGAUCUAGUUUAAGCUUAGACGUACAGGACUACAAACGGCGAAGUGGCCGAAGACGUAGCGAAUCUUUAGAUCCGCCUGAACAUCGAUCUUCCCUAGCAGCACAUCACCAUCACCAUCAUCAUCAUAGGCGCAAUCUUUCGAUGGAACCUCAGGAAUUAGCUAGAGAUUUAGCGGCCGCCGUUGAUGGCCUGAACCUCAUACCCCUCAAUCCGGGUCAACAGCCCAGCCCCAAUUCGGACGUGGAUGCCGUGCAUGACUACGCCGAGAUCUAUACGCCAUCACGCGAGAAAGCCCCAACAUGGCUCAAAGGCCUCCCGAGUGGCGGUUCGAGUACGACGACCUCUGACUCGGUGGCCGACCUUGGGCCCCAGCGACCCCCAACGCCUCCCCUGCAUCGGUUUCCCAGCUGGGAGGCCAAAAUCUACCAAGUGGCCAACGAUGGCCUAGCCGGCGCCGGGGAUGGCAGCGAAUCUCAGGACCAGGAGUCCGGCUCCGGAAUGACGACCUCCAGUAUGGGCAUGGGCAAUUCUCGCUCCCAGCAGACCGUGUCCGGAGGAUACUGUGAUAUUAGUGUACCGGUUUACGCCACCGUUAAAGGGCGUGCCUCUCAAAUUCGAUCGAUACCUUUCACCGGGGAAUCGAGCGACGACAGCAGCGACGGUGAAGAUCACGGUGCCAUCAUGACCUGUGCCACUUCGACCCACAACUCGCACAACUCAACCAGCACGGACAACACGGAAACGAGCACCUCGGGCAGUGCUUCUAGUCCCUCGAAGAGCCUUAAAACUUCCUCUAGUCUUAGUCCGGCCAAACGGAGCGGUUCCGAGUCUCCGAAAAACAAAACGCGAGUAAUUUCAGAAAUGUCCUUUGAAUCAGGGCUGUCCGAUGACUACGCGAUACCACCGGAUGCGGUUUCGACGGUGGACACGACCUGCAUGGACGCUUCGAUGCCGUCCCUGCUGAUGCGAACCUCGUACGCGGAUUCGCCGAAAAAGAUGGAAACCCUCGAGAAGGUCGGUCACCUGGCCAAACUGGGUGGGAAGCUGAAGACGUGGCGCAAGCGGUGGUUUGUGCUGAAAAAUGGGCAGCUGACGUACUGGAAGAGUCAGCACGACGUGAACCGGAAGCCGCAGGGGAUGAUUGCGCUGGACGAGGCCUGUCGAAUCAAUCGGGCCGAGGGAGCGUCAACGUUCGAGAUCGAUACCGGCAAGAAGGUGUACUACCUGACGGCCGAUUCCAAUGCCACGAUGGACGAUUGGAUCCGGGUGCUGCAGAAUGUUCAGCGACGAAACGCCACCAAGCUGCUGCUGAGUCGGGACGAUCAGAAACCGACCCUCCAGGCGUGGGUCACAAAGGUGAAGAAUGGGCACGCCAAGAAGUGUUGGUGCGUGCUGCUCGGCAAAAUGUUCCUGUACUUUAAGGCCCCGGGGGAGACGAAUCCUCUGGGUCAGAUCAACAUGCGUGACGCCCGGGUCGAAGAGGUGGAGCACGUAUCCGAUUCCGAUUCGGAAGAACGAGAAGAUCAAGCCCAGAGCCAAGCUCGUCUAACCGUGGCCAUCUACCCUCAGCUGCAAGGAGUGGUAAGUUUCGCAAACUUAUUUCUUGUUUUAGCAAUUUUAAAUCAUGAGUUUUUGGCUUUUUUUUUCUUCCAUAGGGCCCCAACAUACCUAAUACUCCCAGGCAAACAGGAACGGGACAACUGGUUGUACCAUUUAACCGUCGUUUCCGGUGGUGGUCCAAAUGCCGGAACACAGUACGAGCAGCUCAUCCAGAAGCUGAUGGAAACCGAUGGCGAUCCAAAUUGCGUUCUGUGGCGACAUCCAAUUCUACUCCACACCAAGGACAACAUAACCUCACCACUUACUUCGUUACAUUCCGAAACUCUGCAGGCGGAAGCCAUUAAGCUUUUUAAGAGUUGCCAGCUGUUCAUGUCGGUGGCGGUGAACCAGCCGGGCAUCGACUACCACGUGGUGCUGGCCCAGAAUGCCCUGCAGCAGUGCCUGGACAUGCCGGAGCUGCAGUCCGAGCUCAUCUGCACCCUGAUCAAGCAAACGUCCCGCCAUACCGGCCAGAAACUUGGUGUAGGUGUCCAGGUAAACAAGAAACUGGGCAUACCGGCUCGUCAAUUACUGUUGUGUGCAACGCAGAGUUUGUUCACCUGCGAUACGCAACUCGGCAAUGCAACUCAAGCGAAUGGGAGCUCACCAACUUCCAUUCAGGCUCCUACGGUUCCUCCAAUCGACUGCAAAUCCAAUCCACCGGCCUACACCUUUAUCCAGGGCUGGCAACUUCUGUCCCUAGCCGUGUCGCUAUUCGUGCCAAAGAACAAUCGCCUACUCUGGUACCUCAAGUUGCACCUAUCGCGCAAUGCCGACUCGAAAACGGAAUGUGGCAAAUAUGCGGCCUACUGCGAGCGAGCGCUGGAACGAACGAUGCAAAACGGAGGCCGUGAGACGAAACCUUCCCGGAUGGAGGUGCUCUCGAUUUUGCUGAAGAACCCUUACCACCACUCGUUACCCCAUGCCAUCCCGGUACACAUGAUGAACGGCACCUAUCAAGUCGUUUCUUUCGAUGGGUCAUCAACCAUCGAAGAGUUCCACACGGCUCUGGCCCAGGAAAUCGGUUGCCGCGACGGAACCAACGGAUUCACCCUGUUCAGCGAUGACCCCAUCGAAAAAGAUCUCGAACACUAUCUCGACCCGCAGGCUAAGCUUUGCGACGUCAUUUCCAAAUGGGAAACCGCUCUCCGGGAGAAGGGCUCAGGUAAAUUCGAGAACUCUCGGGUUAUCCAACUGACGUACAAAAACCGACUGUACUGGAAGCACGCGGCCAAAUUGGAAACGGAAAAAGAACGGCUCCUAUUGUGUUACCAAAUCAACCAACAAGUGGUUCAAGGUCGCUUCCCGCUGUCCCGGGACCUAGCCCUGGAGCUAUCCUCGCUGAUGGCCCAGAUCGACAUGGGUGACUUCACGGCGGACAAAUCCAAAACCAGCUCCCUCCAGGCGGUCGACAAAUUUUACCCCUACCGAUACCGAGACGCCCUCACCCCAGACGGUCUAAAAGAACUUCAAGACCUCCUAGCUAGCAAGUGGUCCCUCCUCCGAGCUCGCUCCGUGGUAGAUUGCGUCCGAAUCUAUCUAACGUGCGCCCGCAAGUGGCCUUUCUUCGGUGCUACCCUGUUCCAGGCCAAACCACGACAUUCCGAUCAAGCGAUGGCUUGGCUGGCGGUCUCCGAGGAUGCCCUCAGCGUCCUAGAACUCUCAUCCAUGGCCUCGAUCGGCCGGUAUCCGUACAGUUCGGUGAUGACCUUUGGUGGUUGCCAGGACGAUUUUAUGCUCGUUGUCAGCUCUGAUGAUACACUGGCCGGGAGUCCCGAGCAGAAGUUGCUGUUCGCGCUCAGCAAACCGAAGAUUCUGGAGAUUACACUGCUCAUUGCGGACUACAUGAAUGCACUGGGCCACACGCUGCCCGGAACGCCCCAGAUGAAUACGCUUACGCGGAACGGAAGCCAUCGUAGUAUCCGAUCUCGUGCCCACCCGGGGUCCUGCACCGGAACACCGGCCCACAACACGCUCAACUCGUCGUCGCACAUCGGAGUCGUCGGAGUAGCCGGUGGCAGCAUUGGCCUGGUUAGUGGCUGCCUGAUCGGCGGUGGCGGCGGAAGUCUCGGUGGCAGCAGCUUGGGCGUCGGGCAGCUUGGUCCUGGUGGUGGCAGUGGAGGCGGAAGUCUCGGCGGAACUCUGAACACCAGCAGCCACGGCCACAACACGCUCACGUCGCACUCGCACACGCUCAAUUCACACAUGAGCCACACGCUCAGCUCGUCGCACGGUAGCAGCCACCAUCAGCCGGAUAUACUGAAGAGCACUCCGGAUCAUCAGAGGCGUUAGGCAUUGUGUGAGAUCCCUGAGGGAGGCAGCUGUACAGGAUAGAAUAGAUUUCAUUUGUUUUUAGUUUAUCUUUUUGUUUUAUAACAGUAGGACCAUUAAUGUUUUUCCAAGUUUUUUUUGUCUUGACUCGAGAUUUUGCCUCUGAAAGAUGUUUAUAGUUAUAUAGAAUUCAAAUUGUGCAUAGUUUAGUGUUUUCUUUUUUUGUUUUCGAAAUUUUAAAGUGAACAUGCUAAGUCAAUCUUUUCAAUCGACGUAUCAAUUCCUCCACUACAAGGUACCAACACAUUACCAACCACUUAUUGAAGUUAGUUUUAGACCUUUAGUUUUUAAGCGAACAACUAACCAAAAUUAACACCCAAAAUCUACUCAUAUUAGUUAUUUGUACUUUUUAUUACUUAUAUUUUUUUAAUUAAUGAAGUAGUUAUUGUAAGAGUAUGUGAACUAAGAGCAUUUCUUCCUAGAAGAACUGUCCGUCUUGAAAUGGUUAGAAAUGUGUGUGUAAGGAAAAAAACGUGUAAAAAGUUACGACGAACACGUGCUUCGUCUCUCGAGGCAACAGGUGCAGAUACAGAUGCAGUCAAAAGAAUCGUUUAGAAACCAUUGUGAUUUUUAUGCUAUAACUAUAUUUAAACAAAAGUGAAUAAACAGAAGCAACUCAAACGAAUAGUGGCUAAAAUACCAACGUCUAACAAAAAGUCCCGAGCUCUGAAACCUAAUUAAAAAAAAGCGCCUAGCAAAAAAAACUGAUCGAACGAAUCUGUUCGAAGCAAUCUGUUGAAUAAUGUAUCUACGAAAUGAAAAUGCCAGUUAACCAAACGUAUAGGAAACUAGGAAGUAUAGGAAACUAAAAUUGUAAUGUCAAAAGCUCUAUUGAAUAUACACACCACGCGAAAAAUUACCGAAACUUUUAGGGUGCCGCUCUGCUAUUAGUAGAACAACAGAUUUAUAGGAAUCAGUGAACGCAUUUUAGAUGACAGUGACCACAGCUUUAGACCAAAUCUAAAGACUACAUACACGUAUAUUGUUCAGUCUGCUAAGGCAUUUAGUCAGUCGUAGGGUAAAAAAAGAACGCGUGAAAUAUUUAAAACAGAAUUUGUGAAAUUAAAAAAAAAAAGCAACACAAACUUUGUAAUAACCGGAAAGUUUCUGUAUAAUCCACAAUCAAUUCAGUUACAAGUAGAACAGCGCGAGCUCUGUGUAACCAAAUCUGAAACGAGUCUCAAGCAAAAGCAUUAAAAAAUGAAAAAUAAAAAAAUAAAUUAACAAUGGUCAAGGACUAAUAAAAUCGUGUACACGAGUGGCGAUUCCCGCUCGUCUACACGAUUUUUACCCGUAAAGGUUCGCCAAAGCGCGAGCAGGCUGUGAAAAAAAAUCCCUUAGGUUCGCGAACCAUAGGAAACACGUGCGAGGCAGUCCAACCAACAGACGAUUCUUUUGGAUUUUGAAUCCUGUCUCGCUCGUGGAAAUCGUAACAUACAUGAAAAUUUUCCCCCGCGAUUUUGGCUCACGAACCAUUUAGCGAAAAGGUUCAUGAACUUUUUUUGGGAAGGGAACGCGUGGUUAUUCGAUUUUCUUCCGUAGGCAGGCUGUGCGUCUCUUUAGGUACGCGUACGGGUAAUAAAUUGUGAUUCAAGCAGCAGCAGGAAGUUCUUCAUUUUCCACUGUUCUUUCAAUUAUUGUAUGGAAUAUUUCUGUUUUUUUUAAGUUUAUUAAAAAAAAAUUUUUUUUUUUUUGAUAACUUACAGCGUUUUAAGAUUAACGAAACUCUAAAUAUUAAAUCAAUAUCAUUCUGCCAUGUCAACUCCUGGGUGGUCAAUUGAAUUGAACAAAGCUUUUUGACAAAAUUAUGGAUAAGAAUGGACACAAGAAGGCCCUAAUAAUGAUCUUUAACAACCGUUUAAGGAAUAAAUAAUCAAAUCAAAUCUUAGACCCUUACAAUUUCAUCCAAAUCAUUACAUUUCUGUAGUAGAGGUUGAGUGUAAAAUUCCAUAACUGUUUUUUAAAUUUGGAAAAGACAACCACGAUUCCAUAUGUAAAGUUUCAAUAAGAAAACACAUGCAAACGUAUCAAUGAUUAUUUUGGAUUAAAAUGAAUGUCAUAAAAAAUUGAUAAAUUAAUUCAAUAAUAAUAAUAAUAAUAAUAAUAAUAAUAAUAAUAAUAAUAAUAAUAAAGAAGAGUUUUCAAGUAAUUUUUCCAUCAUCAAAAUUCACAACGCAACUUUAAAAUGAAUAACUCCAAAUUAAUUAUUCAUUAUUUAUGAUUCAAAACUAUCCAAAUUCUUUUUAUGGGUUCAUCACUCUAUGUUUCGAACUGUUAGUAAGUACGGAGUUUGUUUUUCAGAUUUUAUUUUAACAUUUCUGAAUCCGCUUAUACGAAUUUUGCUAUUAAAAUUUAUAUUUUCUCACUCUUUGCAUAGAGUUUGGAAUGGACAAAUUAAUGAUUGAAAAUUGCUUGUUCCAAAUUCAAAAGUUCAUUUUGGAAUAGGGAAUCCUUAUUUAGGAAUUGUGAUCUUCUGAUGACUCAAUUCUGAAUGAAAAAGUCACACUUUACUAUUUGAAUUGGGAAUUUUUAAUCCACAAAUUAGAUUCAAAUAUUCGUAGAACUUAUUUCAAAACUCAGAAUUCGAAUUUAAAUUGUACAGUUUCAAAUUUAGUAUCACGAAUAUGAAAUUAAGAAUUUAAGAGAAAGAAUUUUCAAUCCUAAUUUUUUGAAUCAAUUGUAUAAUUUUGAAUCCAGAAAAGGAAUUUUCAAAAAUGAAUUUUGAUUCGUGAACAUUGAAUUAUUUGUUUUCAAAUUUUGUUCAUCAUUCGGAUUUUCAACUGAAAUUAGGAAUUUGAAAUAUCAAUCGCAAAUCGUACAUAUUUGAAAUAUUUUAAAAAUAAAAUUCGAAUAUGUUCACACUAGUCCAAAGGUAGUAUGUAUGUCAAAUUUAAGUAGUAAUGAAAAUCAAAUAAGAUGCCAUUGAAAAUAUUUUGCAAAAUGAGAAUGUUCUGAAAAAUAUUUUGAAAUAUUUCUGAACUAGGUAUGGCUCUGUAACUUUGAAAAACUGAAUAACAUCAAAAAUGUUGAAGACAAUGACUAAGCUAUGAAUCACAUCAAUGACAUUCAAUACAAAAUUUUGAAAUAGUCCGGGACGUCCCGGUUGCCUGGAUUUCAUUGAAAAAUGCCCGGAUUUUGCCCGGUUAUAUUCACUUUAUUUGGAAAAUCAAAAAAAACAAACUCCUCCAAAACGGAAUUUUUUGAGAAAAAAAAAUCAUGAAAGGUGUUUUGAAUCUUAAAGUACGAUUCAAAACCUGUCGAUAAGUUCUGAUGAACAAAAAAGUUUUUUUGCCCAGAUAAUGCUCGGAUUUAUGAACAUUUUUAAAAUUAUUUGCCCGGAUUUUGCUAGGUUUUUAUUUAAAAUUGCCCGGUUUGUCCGGCUCGGAAACGCGUCAAGCGAAAAAACAAGAUAUCUUGUAUUUGGUCCGCAAUGAGUUAACAUUCUAUUCUAUUCUAUUAAUUUAUUUAUAGAGGAUUUUAACCAACUUGGUCAUUCGUCCUCUUAGGAGAUUUGACUUGUAUUUUUUUUUUUAUUCUUUCCCCACCCCAUACAUUUUUUUAGGAUGCGAAGGAACUUUUUAUCCUUCGGAUAAUUAAAUCAAUAUUUUUUCUAUCUGUUACUGGGCCAGAUUGCAUCCUUUCGUAACUCUAUAUACAAAUUUGCCAAAUUUGACGUUGUUUAACAUCAGAAAGGACACACUUCAAUUCACAAAUUAUAUACAUCGUUUAAAUUUACAACAUUGUAAAUUAUUUUCAAGAAAUUGUUAUGAAAACUUUGAAAAAUCGAUUUAUUUCAUCUGUCCACGCGUUGCAUUUGGCGCAAUCAACAACCAUGUGGAGACAAAAUAACGAAACGGAAAACACGACCAUCAAGUGUGCAAUGCGUUUUCCAAUUUGGUUCACGAACCAGAAUCGCGAGGCUCGCGAGGUUUUCUGCCACGGCUCGCUCACGAUUUUCUGGCGAUCGGAUACCCCUUGAAAAAAAUCCCCUACAAUCACGUGUUUGCUGAGUCGCGAACCUACUGUGGUCAGAACUUUUGUGAACUACGCGCGGUUUUGUUUCUUGGCUGCUCCGAUUUGAAUACGAUUUUUUUAGUCCUUGACAAUGGUAUUAAAAACGAAAGAUUGAAAGUUUGUCUCGAAAAAAAAGCAGCAUCUGGUAUAAAAAGUAUAGGUAUGUGGGAAAAAUCUUUUCUUUUCCUGGUUUUGUUUGUUUUCUUUCGAAAAUCUGUGUGUUUGUGCGAGUGUUGAGUCGAGGCGAAACUCUACGAAAAAACGAAAAAAGUUAGAACGCUGAAAGCACGCGAUUAAUGAAUCAACCAACAACACAGGACAGGAAUGAAGAAAUCAAAUGAAAGCAAAGAAUGAAAAAAAGUAAUUAAAAAG